AUUUUGAGCUAGGUAGAUAUAACCUCGAUUGCGCAUAUCAACAAUAUAGUAUGCUUAUAUUUUCUUCUUUCAUCUUGUAUAAUUGUACAAUUAAUGCAUCAGUCAACAACGUGAAUUGAUUGAAUUACCAAGAUGGCUCUCACCUUCCAACAAAUCAUUCUGGAUGCUGGAGAGCUAGUCAAUGAGAUAACAACACAAGAGAACACUGCUGACAUCCUGAUAUGUGAGAUCCAAUCAGUCUGCAAUCAGAUAGACAGUAUGAAGCAGUAUCAAGAAGAUAUUGAAACUUUGAAUGAACAGUCCAACCAAAAGCAACGCGAAGAACUUGUUGCUAGUUAUCAAAAAGGAAAUUAUGGAUACUUUAGAGAAUUACAAGCUGAAAAUAAAGAUUUAAAACUUGCUUUAGAAGAUUACCAAAAAACUAUGGAGCAAAUAAUGUCUAAGUACAGACAACAAACUGCAUAUUUUUUAAGGCAAACUAAGCAAAAUUAUCCUGCCUUACCAAGCGCAAAGUGUCGCUCACAAAAUAAUCAAUGCAAAUGUACAGGUAUCAUUGAUAAGCAAGCUGAGAAGAUUGAUGAAAUGGCAACAGUAAUGAGAACUGCUGCUGAAAUUGAUGAAGAGAAUGAAAUAAAGUAUCUGGAAACUUUAGGCAGAUUAAAAAAAGAGAACAGUGGACUAAGGGAGAUACUUGAUAUUGCUAAUAAAUACACUUGUCAAAAAACUGAAACAUCUUUAGAAAAUAAAACUGUUCAAACAGAUGAUUUAUAAAUGUAAAUAAUAGAGAGUAGGUGCAGAAAAUAUUACCAAAUAGAAAGUAAGUGUGUUUAAUGUCUAGUUAUAGAACAAAGUGUUCUUUAUGACUAAACAAAAUACUGAUUGUUUUUUUCUUCAUAAAUAUUUAAAAAGAAGUUUUUUUGCAAUAAUAUCUCAUUUGUAGAAUCCUAUCUAACGCCAUUUAUGUAAUUUAAGGGUUUAUUUCUAUCCAAUGUAUCUAUAAUUCAAUAAUGUAACAUGGUUAAAUUAUCUGCACCUACUAAGCAUUGGUAUUUUUCUGACAGUGUUGCUCAUGUAGUAAUUGAUAGCACUCUUCUCUAUACUAGUAUUGUUAUUCAGUUUAUCACAAAAAUAGGAAAGUAAGUAUUGCGAAAGAAGACAUUAACAUUUAGUGAUAAAAAGUAAUGCAAAUUAAUAUAUUCAACUUUUGUUAUUUAUUAUAUUUAAUGCUUUUAUAAUAUUUUUUCAUCUGUAUUAAUGCAAGUUUCACUGUAUAUAUUACUAUAAUUGUUUUAACUUUAAACUAGAAGACCAAGUCUUCAAAUAUUUUGUGUAAAAUGUGCACAUACAGAUGGCGCUACUUUAACCACUAAAACAACAUUUUGCCAAGUUCGUAAUACAUUUUUUUACACCAAUUUAUUGUUGAAGUUUGCAUCGAAGCGAGUUCGCUGACAAAAUAAAUAAAA